CAUUGUCGAGUUAAAAAUGAAACCCCGCAACUCCUCCCCACAUAAACCCUCUCUUCUCCACUUAACGGUCAUCCAUGGCACCUAAAUCCCUCUCCGCAUUUCUCUUUCCACUCUCUCUCCCCCAUAAUCUCACAUACUUCACCCCUAAAUUCAUUAGAAUUUACACCAAACCCUCUCCCAUCCUUUGCAGAUCACAGCAAACGCCAACAGCGACAGCCCACUCCUCUGUUUCCAUACCCGACCAGGAUGGCACCGGGGCAGCUGCUCCUUCCCGAGGAGACCAGUUCCUUGAGCGUCAAAAAUCGUUUGAGGCUGCUAAGUUGGUAAUGAAAGAGGUGAAGAAGAGUAAGAGAAGAGAGAAAGGGAAGGCUUUGAAGCUCAAUACGGCUGUUGCUAGUUGUUAUGGAUGUGGAGCUCCGUUGCAUACCUUGGAUCCUGAUGCUCCGGGUUUUGUCGACCCGGAUACUUAUGAAUUGAAGAAGAGACACCGCCAACUUAGAACAGUUCUUUGUGGAAGGUGCAGGCUUUUAUCUCAUGGGCACAUGAUAACUGCUGUUGGUGGAAAUGGUGGGUAUUCAGGUGGGAAGCAGUUUGUUUCAGCCGAUGAGCUUCGUGAAAAGCUGUCUCAUUUGCGGCACGAGAAAGCCUUGAUUGUCAAAUUGGUUGAUGUUGUGGACUUCAAUGGCAGCUUUUUGGCUCGCUUGCGUGAUCUUGUUGGUGCCAAUCCGAUAAUACUAGUUGUGACUAAGGUUGAUCUCCUUCCUAGGGACACUGAUCUUAAUUGUGUUGGUGAUUGGGUUGUAGAGGCCACUACAAAGAAAAAGCUUAGUGUUUUGAGUGUCCAUCUCACCAGCUCUAAAUCAUUAGUUGGGAUUGCUGGAGUUGUGUCAGAAAUUCAAAAGGAGAAAAAGGGCCGAGAUGUUUACAUUCUGGGUUCAGCUAAUGUUGGGAAAUCUGCAUUCAUCAGUGCUUUACUGAAAACAAUGGCACAUCGGGAUCCAGCUGCUGCUGCUGCUCGAAAAUACAAACCAAUACAAUCGGCUGUUCCUGGAACGACCUUAGGUCCAAUUCAGAUUGACGCUUUCCUUGGAGGAGGGAAAUUAUAUGACACACCCGGAGUUCAUCUCCACCAUAGACAAGCUGCAGUGGUUCAUUCAGAAGAUUUACCUGCUCUUGCCCCUCGAAGUCGUCUCAAGGGUCAAUCUUUUCCUAACUCUAAGGUGGCCUCUGAAAACGGGAUGGCAGAAAAAAUCCAAUCCAAUGGCUUGAAUGGAUUUUCAAUUUUUUGGGGAGGUCUUGUAAGAGUUGAUAUCUUGAAGGUUCUCCCUGAAACAUGCUUAACAUUUUAUGGCCCCAAGGCUCUGCAGAUUCAUGUAGUACCCACUGAUAAAGCUGAUGAGUUUUACCAGAAAGAACUUGGAGUUCUAUUGACACCUCCAACUGGAAAAGAGAGAGUACAAGAUUGGAGAGGACUUGAAUUAGAGCAGCAGUUGCAAGUAAAAUUCGAGGAAGUGGAAAGGCCUGCUAGUGAUGUAGCUAUAUCGGGUCUUGGAUGGAUUGCUGUGGAACCAGUAAGCAAAUCAUUUAGGCGGUCCGAUAUAAAUUUGGAAGAAACUAUCAAAGAACUGCAUUUAGCUGUGCAUGUACCAAAGCCAGUGGAGGUUUUUGUCCGGCCUCCUUUACCAGUAGGCAAGGCUGGAGCAGAGUGGUAUCAGUAUCGAGAGUUGACAGAGAAAGAAGAAGAAUUGAGACCAAAAUGGCACUACUAGUGGCUGUGCCUCUUUGAUGUGGUCUGUGCAAUCAAUGUGCACUGUUGGAUAGAUAAAUAUGUCAUAUUUUAUUACAAAUUUUGGAAAUGUAACUUAACCGAAAAUCUACCAACUUUGUAAGAAAUUUGAGCUAUUAUAUAAACAAAAUUUCCCUGCGAA